AAUUAAUCAAGUAAUGCAGGCAUGAGAUUGUGGGGGAGGUGACGGAGGUGGGAAGUCAGGUAGACAAGUUUAAAGUUGGCGACAGAGUUGGAGUUGGGUGCAUGGUGGGAUCAUGUGGCUCCUGCGACAGCUGCGCGGACAAUCUGGAAAACUACUGCCCCAAAAUGAUCCUCAGUUACUCGACAAUUUACUCCGACGGAACCGUCACCUACGGCGGCUACUCCGAUCACAUGGUCUGCGACGAGCACUUCGUGGUGCGCGUCCCGGACAACCUUCCUCUCGACGGUGCUGCACCUCUUCUCUGCGCAGGAAUCACAGUGUAUAGCCCACUGCGGCACUAUGGACUCGACCAGCCUGGCAUGCAUGUGGGUGUGGUUGGGCUCGGUGGGUUAGGCCAUGUUGCUGUCAAAUUCGCCAAGGCUAUGGGGGUUAAGGUCACUGUCAUUAGUACUUCAUCGAACAAGAAGAAAGAAGCCAUUGAACAUCUUGGUGCCGACUCUUUUGUGGUCAGCCGUGACCAAGACCAGAUGCAGGCUGCAAUGGCAACAAUGGACGGUAUAAUUGAUACUGUGUCUGCACAACACCCUCUCUUGCCAUUGCUUGGCUUACUGAAGUCUCAAGGAAAGCUUAUCCUGGUUGGUGCCCCAGAAAAACCACUUGAAUUGCCAACUUUUCCUCUCCUUAUCGGGAGAAAAAUAGUUGGUGGUAGCGCCAUCGGAGGAAUGAAGGAAACGCAAGAGAUGAUUGAGUUUGCGGCAAAACACGACAUAACAGCAGACAUUGAAGUGAUACCAAUGGAGUAUGUGAACACUGCCAUGGAGAGAUUGGCCAAGGCUGAUGUUAGAUACAGAUUUGUGAUUGAUAUCGGGAACACCCUCAAACCUACGAACUAAACUGUUUGUGCAAUUGAUGAAAAUUUCUGAACAAUUAAAAUAAAAGAGUGUAAUAUCCCUUAUAAUUAUAACUUUGUCACUGCUCUGUUUCUUAUUAUAAUACGAACAGAGUCUGUGUGUCUGUAUUUUGGUUGAGGCGCCGUGAGAAAUAAGGCAUAUCGACAAGAGUGAGAAUGUGGGUUAUACAUAUAUAUAUAUGUGUAUGUGUUUGUGUGUGUGUGGUAUACGUAAUUUGUGCUUGUUUUCUGGUUGAGAUUUGUUUGAUUCUCAUGGGAAUCCACCACCCCCAUCACGUGUUCCUCUCA